AUGAGGGCUGCCUUCCUGGUGCUGCUCCUCUGGGCCGUAGCCUGCACUCACCCUGAUACAGCAAGUGAAAAUUACAUCAACAAGCUGGGCAACCUCCCGGGUGGUGGAGAUGGCAGACAUCCUCCUGCCAGUGUGGAGAGGGGGGACAAUGCCCUUGCCGGGGAGCUGGCGGGUGGGAACGCCGUGGGCGAGGAGCUGGGUGAACAGAGUGGCCGAGACAAGGAAGGCAGAGCUGGGGAGGCUCAGCACCUGAACCAGGUGGACCACGAGGACACAAAUGCCCGGAAUGGGAGCAGCCUUGGUUUCCUGGAGGAGGAUGCACGCAAUGCUGAUGACGGUGACAACGGAGAGCACUAUGGCACUGGAGUCAAUGGGCUUCCCUUCCGCGCUGGUGGGCUCCUGGACGAGGAGGACGACAGUGGGGAUGACACCUUCGACAAGAAUGGGGAAGAGGAGCGGGGUGAAAGUCCUACUUACAUGGCUGGUGCCGACAGGGCAGGCGAACAUGGCCGUGAUGUUGGCCAUGGGGAUGCCGGGGCUGGCGGAGGACACGGUGACAGCAGCAGCAGCAGCAGCAGCGAGAGCAUUGGGGCGGACCACCGGCGGUACAGGAACUACCUUGGCAGCCGGUAUGAGUGGACCUACAGGCGGGGAGGGGGCAGCAGCAGCAGCCAGGAGGAGGAGAGCUAUGACUUCGAGGACGAAGCCAUGCAGGGCGAUGAUCCCUCCAUUUUUGAUGGCCCAGGCAGCAGCUACAAGGGGCACCGUGCUGGCCCACGCACCCUGGGGAGCAGCCAAGAAAGCAGCCGGGGGACUGGCUCCCACCGCUGGGAGGAGGGUGACAGCAGGUCCCCAGAGGUGGAGGAUGCUGACUCAGGAGAAGACAGCCCAUCCACAGAGGACAACAGUCAGUCGGAAGAGCCUGUUGCCAGCCAGUCAGAGGAAAACAGUGCCAGCCGCUCUGGGGAGGACGGGGAUGGGGAGGACAGCCCCUCCAGGCAGGGUGAGGGCAGUGAGUCUAGGGAGGGCACCACCGACCGGUCAGACAAAGAGCUGGGAGAGUCCCCAGAGGACAUCUCACAUGAGGUGGUGAGCACAUCGAGCAAGCGCAGUGGCAGCUGGUCCCGGGAAGGGCAGGAGGACCAGCAGUCUGCGGAGGACAGGAGUGCGCUGUCUGUGCCUGGCAGCGAGUCCGGGGAAGAUGAGGGCGACCAGAGCAAGUCUGAGGAAGAUGAUGGUGACCAGAGCCAGUCCACAGAGGACACUGUGGAGGAGUCAAAGGAGGAUGAGAAUGACUCCAACCCUGAUGGGGACGUGCCGAGCACAUCAGCCGAGAGCCAGAGCGCAUCCCCGGAGGACGACAGCAGCCAAGAGGACAAUGCAGGCAAGGACAGCAGGUCCACAGAGAGCAACAACAGCAAGUCCCAGGAGGACGAUGAUGAUGACGAUGAGGAGAGCCACUCCCAGGAGGACGCCACCCGCGAGUCCAGCAGCCGCGGGGAUGACAGCUCGCCACAGAGCCUGGAGAGCGGGAGCCGCAAACGGCGGCCGGGCGCCUACCGCAACAAGCCUGCUGCCGACUACGAUGACAACGACUGCCAGGACGGGUACUGA